UUUAUCAAUUUAAAUUGAGAGUUAUGGCUGAGGGAUUACGAGUAGUCCGUGGUCCAGAUUGGAAUCUCGGGAAUGAAGAUAAAGGAGAGGGUCACGUUGGCACUGUUGUCAAGGACAACGGAGAUCAAUCAUAUGACGUUGUUUGGGACAUGGGAGGCAAAUCUACCUGCAGAGUUGGUAUAGGCGGGAAAUUCGAUCUCCGCAUUUUGGACAAUGCGCCUAUAGGAGUGAAACAUCUGUCUCGGAAGUGUGCGGGUUGUCAGAAAAAUACCAUCAUAGGUGUAUUGUGGAAGUGUGCCUCGUGUGAUGAUAUCAACUUAUGUACGCCAUGCUACUACAUGGACAAGCAUGAUCUGAAUCAUCCAUUUCAGAGGAUUGAUAAAAGGGACGCCACAAGUAUCGAUAUUCCAAAAAGAGCUAACAGCGUUAAAAUGAAAGCACUUGGAAUAUUUCCUGGGGCCAAAGUUAUCAGAGGCCCUAACUGGGAAUUUGGGACUCAAGACGGUGGGACUGGAAAAAAAGGAAAAGUGGAAGAUAUCCGUGGAUAUGGAUCUGAUGCAGGUGGAAGGAACGCUGUGCGCGUGCGCUGGGAAACGUCAGGGGAGGCCAAUGUGUACCGUGUCGGAUGUCGGGGGAAGGUUGAUCUUCAGUGUGUGGAGGAGGCUCCUGGGGGUUACUACUACAGGGAACACCUUCCAGUGGCCGGAAAAAUUGCAUCGACACAACAGAAGAAUGAUAAAAAUUCUUCCGGCCAAUCGUCUGAAUCUGUUUUGAAAAAGGGAGACAAAUGUGUCAUUGACAUGCCGGAACAACCUUUGAAAGAACUACAAAGAGGACAUGGAGGGUGGUCUGUUAGAAUGUCAGAGUGCAUUGGUGAAGUAGCUGUAGUGAAAGACUUUCCAAGUGAUACUACAGUGGAAGUGGAGUACAAAGAUAGAACCUAUCAGUUCCACGCAGGCGCAGUAAGAAAGGUUUACGACAUUAAAGUUGGAGACAUCGUCCAAGUUCUGAAGGAUGAAACAAAAGCAAUUUUGCUUCAACGAAACCAUGGCGGCUGGAAUGACGACAUGAAAAAGUCGCUUGGACUGGUAGGUAAGGUGGUGAAGAUAGAUUCUGAUGGGGAUGUGGCUGUUGCUUUUGGAAACCAGGCGUGGGUAUAUAACCCUGGCUUACUGGUUCCAGUCAGUGGAAGGAAAGUUGACGUUCUUGAGGAUGAGGGAAACGAUAUGGACGAGCCGUCUCAAUCCAGAGAUUCCCCUGAAUCUGAUCAGAGAUAUGAGUUAGGAGGAAGUCUUGCGCAGCUGAUGGCGCAUCUGGUUCUACUAGAAGCUCUAGGAGCACGACAGACAAUUGGCCCACAAGAAAUGUUUAACGCAUGCGCUAAAGGAAAUAUCAGUGCAGUACACCAAAUGAUUCAAAGAAGGAAAGAUCUGGUUAAUAGUUGGUUCAAAUCCCUGACCCCUUUGAUGGUUGCUGGACAUGAGGGACACGUCGACAUCAUGAAGCUGUUGCUGCAGAAUGGGGCCAAUAUCAACGCAUCUAAUGACGAUGGCAUGACACCUUUACUAGUAUCCAUCAUAGGGAAAGAGGAGGACACUUCGAUUUGUUUGAUCAGAAAUAAGGCCGAUGUUAACGUCUGCAACAAACACGGACGAUGUGCAGCACAUCUGGCCGUUGAGAAAGAACUAUAUUCUGUCCUGAAGGCCGUACUGGAAGCCGGAGCAAGCCCAAACAAACAGGACGUGGAGGGAGACACUCCAUUACAUGAUGCAAUUGGCAAAAGAAGUGAUAGGGCAGUCGCCAUUUUGUUGAGUCACCCACAAAUAAAUCUGAAAAUUCUCAAUAAAAAAGGUCACAUACCUCUGAUGUGGGCUGCUUUUAAAGACCAUGAUUUCGCGGUUGAGCGGUUGGUUGCAAAGGAUCCGAGUCUGGUGAAUGCUAGAAAAAAUGACGGAUACACAGCUCUUCACAUUGCCGCCAUUAACGACCAUUCAGACUCAGCCAAUGUCUUAAUACUGAAGGGUAAAGCACAAGUUAAUGCAAAGAAUUCACAAGGCCUGACACCACUACAUUUAGCUGCACACGAGGGAUAUGAUGGCAUGGCAAAAGUUUUGAUAAUGAAUGGGGCAGAUGUAAACAUAAAAGACGGUGAUGGUGACACACCUUUACACCUGGCGUUAGGAGGACAACGGCAAACGGCAGGAGGAAACGAUCCGUUUCUUCGGCUGCUUGGUCUCACUGUAAACCCAAACGCUCAAAAUCAGGAAAGAUACAAUAUGGCGGUAUUGAUGAUUCAGAAAGGAGCGGAUUACGAAGCUAUGAACAACAGAGGCAACGCACCGCUAGAAGUUUGCAAGAACGCAGAACUCCGGAGAGCGGUUAACAACUUCAUACAAAAAACGCGAGCUAGCAGACCAUCAACAGGUCGAGGUGGUGCAGCCGGACGAGCACCCACGCCUGCAGAAGUUUUACAGGGACUGUUCGCGGAGCUGCCCAUCCCCUGUGUCCGAUGUAAGGACUCCACAGCCAACACACGGCUCCUCCCAUGUAAACACAAGGUCCUCUGUACCGACUGCUGCUUCAGGGUCCAGCAGUGCCCCAUGUGUCGUCAACCUGUCUCUAACAGAUGUGACCUCCAGGGUCGUAUCCUGGUAGACCCGUGCCGUUUACAGUAAGAUAGGGAGGGAUUACUGUGAUAUGACGUUUUAUGUGAAUAUUGUCUCAUUAAAUAGUUGCCAUUACCACUAUAUUCAAUUAUUGAGCAUUAACGUUUUGAGUGGCUUAAAACUAAUAACAUCUUCGGACAAAUAUUUCAGCCAAUUUGUUCAAUCUUAGCUCUAUAUAUUAUAGACAUUGUUUUAUAUAAUUAUGUGCAUUGUUUAUACAUAUAAUUAUGCAAAUAUUUGCAAGGAGACAAAAUUUAUUCAACAUUUUAAGGUUACCUGAGUCACUUAGGUGACCUAUCCUAUCUGUUUAUUGUCCGUUGUCGUAAGUCAUCCGUAAACAUUUGAACGUUUUCAGCUUCUUUUCUGGAACCGCUGAAUCUAUUUCAACCAAUAUUGAUAAUCUAGUCUCUAUGGGCAAAGGGGAACAGAAGUUGUGGAUUUCAUGGUUUCUAGUUUCCCAUGGGCUUGAAGGUUGGGAAUGAGGGAAUCGUCAAAAUGAAUGAAAUCUUAAAAAAUCUCUUAUACAUCUGGACGUCAUACAGUCAAACUGUUCACAUUAUUAUAAUAAGCCAAAAUUGUGAAAUUCGUGUCAGGGUCAGGGAUUCUGUCAGCGCGGGGCAUUAUUGAUCAUAUAGUGAAAAUUUAAUUUGAUUCUUUGAAAAUCUUUCCUCCGGGUAUUUAGCAGACAAACUAAGUGCAUGGUUUUGAUGAGCAAGGGUUUCUCUUCCAAGUUUACGAAAUUCAUAGUUCCUGGGUCAGGGGUUCUGGAGUUAGGAUGGGACUCUUGAUAAUCAUGUACGGAUUUUUUUUCCUUUGCUCUAAGAGGUUAUUCCCCCUUGUUAUUCACCUAGGAUUAUGAUUAAUCAUUGUAAAUAAUGUAAUUUACAGGUAAAUCGGAUAAAAGGAUUAUACAUAAACUUUUGAUGAUCGAAUAGUCAAGUACUUAUAUAAUUUUUGAUGGUCAGGUAGACUUGUAAAUAAUAUAUGUAGUUGAAUAAAAAUGAGAUAAAAAUACCUUAUAUCUACGAGGGGUGUGUUAUUCAAAGACCAAGAGAGUGUACAA